UUCAUUCUUUCUUUUAUUUCUCUUCUGUUCUGUUCCGUUUCCCUUUCAAGCUGCUUACCAAUUAUCAUCCAUCAUCAUGCCUUGCUUUUGAUGCAUUACUAUGUUGACUAAUCCCAACGAACCACUCUCUCUCCCUUUCUCUCACCUUUGCUUUCCUGCUCCCCAAACACUCUCGCUUGGUCUCUCUUUGGCUGGUUCCAAACGAAACAAAUUAACCCAUUAUUCGUCUUUCUCAAGAUUACAUGAAUGAAACUAAUAAAGCACUCAUUCUUACUCAUCUUCUCUGCUUCUUUUACGUAGAGAUUUAUAUGCUUGGUUCUGAAGUUUGGCCUCCGUAUCCACAGCUCGGUGCUUCUCCUUCUUCAUCUUCUUCCUUCAAUUUGAACAGUUUGCGAAAUGAUGCAGCGUUUUGCGCUCUGAACGUUUCAUCCGAGAGUCAAAUUAGCACCAAAACCAUGCCUAGCGGCCUUAUUUCCUGGCACAAAUGCUGAAAUUUUUAGUUUAUAAUAUGCUAAAUGAAGGUGAACCAUGAGAACUACAUAUUUGCAUUCAGUAAAAAGCAGUGAGAAUGACUUUGCAAUCAGGUCUCAAACUUAAUUAUGAAUCGUUUUCGCAUUCAGUUAAGAAGCUUAUGGAACUGGAGCAAGAGGCAGAAUGCUCUGAAGUCUGAUGCAGGACAAUAAGAGCAUUCUGCAUCCACUUAGCUCAGUCAACUUCACUAUUCAGCUUUCAGGUUUUAUUCAAGUAACUUCAAAAACAUAGCAACAGACAUUUGCGUUACAUCUUUCCAAGGUGAGGUCACUUUCGUCUACAUGCUGAAGAACCCUCAAGAGUUCUAUACACCGAAAUGAGAAUGACAAAGGCUUUAUUGAAUGAAACUUGAGGUACAAGCCAUCCUUUUUCAAUCGGGCUUUUGAAGUAGGGACUUUUACUGACUAUUGGGUAUAGACCAAAACAAUCAACAAUGAAGUUUAUGAAACUUGGAACAAGGCCCGAUACCUUCUACUCAGAACAAGCCACUAGGACUCUGGUUUCAGAUAUACCUUCAGACCUUGUGAUUCAAGUCAAUAAUAUCACUUUUCUACUGCACAAGUUUCCACUUCUUCCAAAAUGUGGCCUCCUGCAGAGGCUUUGCUCUGAUUCUAGUGAUUCUGAGUCUAUCUCUAUAGAGCUUCACGAUAUUCCUGGAGGGGAAGAAGCUUUUGAACUCUGUGCUAAGUUUUGCUAUGGAAUUUCAAUAAAUAUAAGUGCUCACAACAUCGUACCUGCACUCUGUGCCGCCAAGUUCCUCCGGAUGACUGACUCCAUUGAGAAGGGAAACUUUGUUGGUAAACUUGAGGCUUUCCUGAAUUCCUGCGUACUUGAAGGUUGGAAGGACUCCAUUGUGACUUUGCAGACCACAGCUAAGUUACAAGAUUGGUCUGAGAAUGUUGGUAUAGUCAGAAAGUGCAUUGAUUCAAUUAUUGAGAAAGUUCUCACGCCCCCACAACAGGUCAAAUGGUCCUACACUUACACCAGGCCCGGGUACAAGAAAAAACAGAACCCCGGUGUCCCAAAGGAUUGGUGGACGGAGGAUGUUUCUGAUCUUGAGAUAGACCUUUUCCGAUGUAUAAUCAUGGCUAUCAGAUCGGCAUAUGUGCUACCACCACCACUUAUAGGUGAAGCCUUGCAUGUCUAUGCCUGUAGGUGGCUCCCAGGGAUCACAAAGCUUAGGAGUUCAACAAGUUCAGCUUCUCAGACAGAAGAAUCCAAGGAAAGAAAUGGAAGGAUUCUUGAAACAAUUGUAGGCAUGAUUCCGGCAGAUAGAGGGUCAGUUUCAGUUGGCUUCUUGUUAAGACUUCUCAGAGUUGCAAAUUUUCUUGGGGUCUCCCCAAUGACGAAGACUGAACUAAUAAAGAGAGCCAGCCUACAAUUUGAGGAGGCAACAGUGAGUGAUCUGCUUUACCCUUCAACAUCACUUUCUGACCAUCACUUUUAUGAUAUAGACAUAGUUCUAGCAGUGCUGGAAAGUUACUUGAAGCUUUGGAAAAGAAUGGCUCCUGGUGCAGUAGAGAGCAGCAACUUUUUAAGGUCAAUUAGAAGUGUCAGCAAGCUCAUUGAUUCAUAUCUUCAAGUGAUUGCAAGGGAUCAUAAUAUGACGGUGUCAAAAUUUGUUUCUCUUGCUGAAACUGUACCCGAUGUUGCCCGAGCGGAACAUGAUGAUCUGUACAAGGCCAUUAACAUCUAUCUCAAGGAGCAUCCUGACCUGAGCAAGGCCGACAAGAAGCGCCUGUGUCGUAUUCUAGACUGCCAGAAACUGUCCCCGGAAGUCCGAGCUCAUGCUGUGAAAAACGAGCUUCUUCCUUUGAGAACGGUUGUGCAGCUGCUCUACUUUGAACAAGAAAAAGACUCCUCCAUGUCUACCACUAGCCACCAUAAAAUGCCAAAACCUCACGAGCUUCUUCUUGGAGCCAAAAAGAGGCCACAAGUCAGAGACAGCAACGGGAAGCAAUAUUCUAUAGGCCCAGAUAAAGAACUCAAGAGAGAAGAAGACACAAGAAGCGUAUCUCUUCCUGUAACCAGAGAAAAAGAUCGACCCAAAAUUAAAAGAUCAGGCAGUAAGUUGCCAGAGGAACUAGAAAGGAAGAUGGUUAUAAAAGAGGUUGAAGAAACGGGAUCAGAGAGGGGAAUGGAAGUGAAAGAAGAAAGUAUACCAGGUGGUAGCAGGUUGAACUUGGAUCCUAAGAAAAGCAUGAGAAGGGCACGAAGUAAGUCAGAGUAUGGCCGUGAAAAAGGAAGAUAGAGAGAAAUAUAUAUCUUAGACACAACAUCUGUUUAAUUACUUUUAUAUGU